UUCCCACAGAUGAAGCUUGAAGAGAUAGAAACAGAAGAUAAUGUCUCCACAGUGGUGCAGUUUGUCCUUCUGAUAUUUUCUGAACUUCCAAACCUCCAGGGGUUUCUGUCUGGGCUGUUCUCCAUCAUUUACAUGGUUGUUCUCAUUGGGAACAGCCUCAUAGUCAUAAUAACCAGGCUUGACCCUGCACUGCACAAACCCAUGUAUUUUUUCCUGGCAAAUUUUUCUAUUCUGGAAAUCUGCUAUGUUUCAGUCACUCUCCCCAGGAAGCUGGUCAGUCUUUGGACUCAGAAAAGGAAAAUUUCCCUACUGAGUUGUGCCACCCAAAUGUGCUUCUUCUUUGUACUGGGAACUGCAGAAUGCUUCCUCCUGGCUGUGAUGUCCUAUGACCGCUAUGUGGCUAUCUGCAAACCUCUGCACUACCCUUUAGUGAUGAACCCAAAGAAGUGCCAUCAACUGGCAGCUGGUGCCUGGCUUGGGGGAAUGUCAGUCCAGGUAGGACAGACAUGGCAGAUAUUCUCUCUGCAUUUCUGUCAUUCUAACCAAAUCAACCACUUCUUCUGUGACAUACCUCCCCUUCUUAAGCUAGCCUGCGGGGACACUUCAGUGCAUGAGAUGUCUGUCUAUGUAGUAGUGAUAUUCAUUGCUGUGGUCCAUUUUAUGCUGAUAGUUGUCUCUUACAGCAAGAUCAUGGGUACCAUUCUGAGGUUGCCCACAGCCCAAGGAUGCACCAAGGCAUUCUCCACAUGCUCCUCCCACCUGCUGGUUGUGGUUUUAUUUUUUGGAUCAGCUUCCAUUACCUACUUCAGGCCCACAUCCAGCCAUUCUGCAGGAACUGACAAACUGCUCUCUCUGUUCUACACCAUAGUGACUCCCAUGUUCAAUCCUGUGAUCUACAGUCUCAGGAACCAGGAUGUGCUUGCUGCUCUCAGAAGAUUAUGCCUUGAAACAUAG